AUGUGUGAAUAUAAAUGUACUUUUAAAGGGCCUUUAACUUCAGAAUUGGUUCAUGAACUCAUUGGGGAUGGUUGUAACUCGGAGCUCGAAGAUUCAGAUGGCGAAGAUCUUCACAGCAGAGCAGCCGCGGCAGAACAGACUAGCACAGAGGAUGAAAUGGACGCAGAUAUUGAGUCCACCGUAAGACCUAACGCCGAAGCCGAAUUCUUUCCUGUACAAAAUCCAGAGUUUUCUAUGCCAGAGAGAAAUUUUUUUUACGAAUGGUUCCACAUAACAGCAGUGGAAGAAAUGGCCAAGGCUGGCAUCGAGGAAGCUGAACAUGCAAAAGAAGUUUGA